GCAAAGUAACCCCUCACAGCAAGGGAGCAUCCAAAUCGAGCCAAAGCAGGUGCCUGCUUCAACCGAAGGGCAAGGGAGCGUCCUCGAUUGCCCCUCUACCGAUUGUGUGUUGCUGAGAAAGCAACUCGACCUACGAUGCGAUAGACGUUCAACCACAACAUGUCUUUCACGAAUGCGCCAGUGACGCGCACCCUCGUUCUUGGCCUUGUGACGAGCUCCAUUGCGGCCAGUUUGCUCGAUGUAAAGCAUUAUUUCUACAUUGUCGUAGAUACCCAUCUAUGGCGCUACCACCAGCUCUGGCGCCUGCUGGCGUACCAGCUAUGCUGCACCAACUCGAGCGAGGUGCUCUUUGCAUCAAUGACUCUCUACCACUUGAGGGUUGUUGAACAAAUAUGGGGUUCAAGGAAAUACGCUUCAUUUGUAGCUGUAUCCGCGCUCAUCACUGCAGUGAUACCUCCUGUUUUCCUAUCCAUCAUACUACGGCCAUUGACCGCGGGCCUAUUCAACUACAUGCCAGCCGGCCCAACCCCGAUUAUCUUUGCCAUACUCGCGCAGUAUCACGCUGCGAUCCCCAGCACUUAUCGAUACCGCGUCGCGGCUUCCUCGGCUCCGCCCACGAACGACCAAUUUGUCGGAUUGACAUUCUCUGACAAGUCAUAUCGCUACGCUCUCGCUUUGCAGCUGGCACUUUUUCAGUGGCCGGGAUCGUUGCUGGGAGCUGCGGUUGGCUGGGUCGUGGGAUACUCGUGGAGGAACGACUUGCUACCUGUUGCGUUGACAAAAUGGCGCCUUCCCGGAUGGAUGGUCGGUGUCAAGACGCCGAGAAGACGGACGGAAUUUGAGGGUCUUCGAAGGCGGUUGGAGGGAGAGGGUUCAUCUGCAACCACCUCGGGCGCGCAGGGCCAGGUGGAUGGGGACGCAGGACGGAGGAGACCAGCUGGUCAAGAUAGGCGCCAAGACUGAGAUGACACAGUUCUGAAAAGACACAAGCUAUCACUUACAUCGACUUGGGUUUGCUAUUGAAGCCUUUGAUGAUGACAUAGACAUAAAUGUCUGUGAGACCACGUAUUCUAGCUCACCUCGUUAUGUAAUUUCGAGAUUCCAUGCAUACUCUCUACCAAGGAUAUGCCUUCAACCGUCAGGAAAACGUUGUGCAUUACGGAUGCGGAGUAAAGCCAUGGCAAACGCAGUAAGACUUCGAUAUGGUCCUGCAACUGGUCAGGAGCACGAGCUGGUCAACUCAAUCUAUC